GCACCUUGGUAGUUCGACAUCUUAGGAGACUUGUAUGGAAUUUUGGACUUGCCCGGGUGAGCAACGGAACCGGAUGAUAAGUUCAGCGUCAUCAUGACACUAUACACGACAUCCGUCACACCCUCCUUUCCAGAGUUUAUAAACAGACGACAGCCCUUCCAGAAAAUCAGUUGAACGUCCAAAGGACAGUCACUGCCAUAAUCUCCCAACAAUAUAGUCCAAGAAUGUCGCCCGGAAACCAACCUCUGACCGUCAUUGCGACGGAGCAAACACCCGCGGAAGAGGUACGUUGUAACUUCAGUCAAUAUAUCCCCCAAUCAUCCGCAAUAUUCCCAUCGCAAACGACUUAGCCCUCUUCUACCACUCAUAGCGCAACAUCGCAGUGGCGAAGGAGUACAUGUCAAUCGCCUACUCCCCCACCGAAAACAAAGGCGCCGAGUCAGUUCGCCACCUUUGUACCGCCGAUAGUUGGUUUUGGAGCCCUUCUACCUUCCCGGGAUGUUCUACCCCGAUGGAUUACGCCGAGUCUCAUGCGCAUGUAAUGGCAUCUGUAAACGACUUGCACAUUGUGCGGUAUGAUCAAGCAUGGGCCAAGGAUGGUCAUGUGCUAUUGCGAUAUACGGCAGAAGGAUCUCACGCGGGGAAGGCUUAUCAAGGUAUUGAACGGUCGGAUCCACCGAAAAAGGCACGUUGGAGCGCUGCAGCUAUCUUUGAGAUUGAGGAUGGGAAGGUGAAGAGCUUUACGAAGGAUUGGGAUCAGAAGGUCAUGCAGAUUCAACUCGGCUGGGCACCGAUUGGUGAGAGCAAGGAUCCCCGGUGGGAUCCGGAGAUGCUUGCACAGCCUGAGCUGGCUAGACAUAAGAAAUAAUUAUGCAGAGUUCCGGAAUGCGUAUGUUGUUUCACAAUCUUCGAAGUUAUAUGUUGGCUGAACAUAUAUAUUUGUGGCAGUAGUGUGUGAUACAUAAUAAACUGAGUUGUAUCCAAGUUGGUAUU